UUUUUCUCAUCCUGGUUUACCUCAAAAUUAAAUGAGUUUGUAUGUAACGUCCAUGUUCUCUGCUCAUUUAUAUUGCAGUACAUUACAGUAUGUGAAGAUAAAAUUAUUUAAAAUUUGCUUUAGCAUCUAAAACCUAUAGAAAAAUAAUAUAUAUUAAUUUUCCUUUCUACCUCAGCUCUUCAAUACUAUCUUAACUAAAACUUGUGAAUGUUGGGAAUGCUUUUGAUGUGUAAUAGUGAAGGAUGUGUUAAGAGUUGUGCUGUCACUGACCCUGAUGUUUCCCAUGGAGUUAUCAGAGAGAAGUGUUGCAGAGCCGCUCUUAUCUUUGUGUUUACAUGUACUUGCUCACUCUCAGGCCUGGCUCUUGCAGGGUGUGUGAGAUGAAAAUUUUCAGAGAGAAAACCACCAUUAACUCACUUGGAUCCAUAUACAGGCCGAGUCUGCUGCAUAUAGUGGACUUUGAAAUUCAACACAAGUAUGGGUGGAGAAAAGCUGGUGGCUUGCAUGUUGGUCACUGUGUUAAGUCUGACACUAAUAAGGUCAGUUUAUGGUCAGCACAUGCCAGAAGAAGCGUGCUUGGUCCAGAUCCUCGUCCCUGGACUCAAAGGUGAACCAGGAGAGAAAGGAGAGAAAGGAGCACCUGGGAGACCUGGGAGAAUAGGGCCACCUGGAGAGCCAGGUCCCCCCGGAGACAAAGGCCAAAAAGGUAGCACUGGACAUUAUGGGAAGAUGGGUCCCGCUGGACUCAAAGGUAUAAAAGGUGAUAUGGGAGAUCCAGGACCCAAGGGCCCAAAUGGAGAGCCAGGCGUCCCCUGUGAGUGUGCACCCUUACGGAAAAUGAUUGGUGAAAUGGAUAUUCAAGUGGCGCAAUUAACCAAUGAGCUGAAGUUCAUUAAAAAUGAUCCUCAUUUUUCAGCCCUGCCCUCCCCCGCAGCUGUCGCUGGCAUCAAAGAGACAGACAGCAAGGUCUAUCUGCUGGUGAAGGAGGAAAAACGCUACAGGGACGCAGAGGUGUUUUGUAAGGGGCGAGGUGGACACUUGGCUAUGCCCAAAGACGCAGCGGCUAACAGAGCCAUCGCUGGCUACAUCACUGAAGCUGGCCUCAGUAGAGUGUAUAUCGGCAUUAAUGACCUGGAGCGAGAAGGGCAUUUUGUGUAUGUGGAGCGCUCACCCAUGACCACUUUCAGCAAGUGGAGGGAGGGCGAGCCAAACAACGCUUACGAUGAUGAGGAUUGCGUCGAGAUGGUGUCUUCAGGCGAGUGGAUUGAUGUGGCUUGUCACCUCACCAUGUACUUCGUGUGUGAGUUUGACAAGGACAAAGUAUGAGCUUCACUGCCAAUCUAUAGAGGGAAAAGUCAUGUUUAAAAUACUCUGGUAUUAAAGAAGGCUGUAAUUUCAAUAACAAGGUGAUGUACUUCUACAUUUUGUCAUCUUUGGCAGCGGUGACAGCAGUGUGACAUACUUGGCGUCAUGUAAAACUGUUUAAAACCACAUUUAACUAUUAUUAUUAUAAUACACUGCAGUUCAAACUUUUAGGGUCAGUAAGAUUUUGAAUGUUUUAAGCGCUUACCAAUGCUGCUUUUAUU